UUUGGUUUAGGUUUGGUCUCUCUAGCAGAGAAGAGAGUCAGAGAAGUCCAAUUCAGAAAUCAUCUUUGUCCGUACGACAAGCAAGGGAGAGGGCUUAUGUGAUAACUAAUAGAAGAAAAAACCAACAAAGAUUCAACAGAGAAAAAGAAAUUUGAGAUACCGAAUAUCUGAGAAAGCGAGAUAGUCGACCAACAAACAGUAUGCCUACUCUUACGAAGCUUUAUACGAUGCAAGAAGCAGCCGAACACAAUACAAAGGACGACUGCUGGAUCGUUAUUGAUGGCAAGGUAUAUGAUGUGAGUUCAUACUUGGAUGAGCACCCGGGUGGAGACGAUGUUGUCCUUGCUACAAUUGGGAAAGAUGCAACAGAUGAGUUUGAAGAUGCUGGCCAUAGCGAAAGUGCAAGGGAGCUAUUAGAAAGCUUUUGCAUUGGUGAGCUUGAUCCAUCCGCCCCGGUUAUCCCAGAACUCAAAAUUGACUUCAACAAACAACCAGCAGAGCAUGUCCAGAAGCUCAAGGACUUGACAAAGCAAUAUUGGGCCUUUCCAGUAGCCAUUGUUGGUAUCUCUGUGGUUGUUGGCUUCUUAUACUUGCGUAAGAAGUAGAGUAAUCCAAAAGUUUUAUCUUGGCUGCUGAGAAGAUUUUGUUGUCACAAUUUUGAAUGACUAGGUUAAUCAUUGAGAUAAGCGGCUCCAUCAUUAUUUUACAAUUCAUUUAUACGUUAGAAAGAUGAAUGGAUUGAGAAGUGAAUGCUAUGAUUUUAUUUACAUCACGACAGGAGUUGAGAGUAAGUCUCGCUGCAAAUUUAUGCAUACAAAAAUUGCAGAUGAAUGAAUGCUUGACGUUUACUGGUUUACUUCCAUCA